GCGUAUAAAUACCAUUCGAAACUCAGUCUUGGAACUCAGUUGAAUUGAACGUGCUAGUGGCGCGAGUUUUUCUUGACGUGUUCUUUCUUCGGUAUCAUCGCAAGAGGACUGAAACGGCCCGGAAAGAUUGGUUGCGCCUAUCUCUUGAAAAUUCAUAGCGGCUUCAUCCAUGGAGGGUAAAAUAGAACCAGGCAUGAGAGCGUUCCGCCGUCGUUCCUCGGCAUCGGAAAGAGCGAAGGAGAUCGAGGCGAUCAAUUGCAUUGUUUCCGGGAAGAAUGUUCUCAUUACCGGGGGUGCGGCAGGAUUGGGUUACGCUUUCCUUAAUCACUUUUUAAAACACAUAGCAAACAAAAUAGUUAUACUAGAUAUUGACGUUGAAGCUGGCAAACGGAUCGCGCUUGGUAUCGAGAAAUCUUACGGCGAGAAGAAAGUGCACUUUAUACACGCGGACGUGUCGAAUCACAAACAGAUGUCCGAGGCUUUCGAGGAAGCGUCGUCGUUAUUAGGGAACAUUGACAUCGUGGUAAAUAACGCUGGCAUUUUGGACGAGAGAAGAUGGGAAAAGGAAAUCGCGGUGAACAUCGGUGGUAUGAUCAACACUGCGAUGCUGGCUAUGAAAUAUAUGAGCAGAAACACGGGCGGCCACGGCGGUAUUCUAGUGAAUGUGAGCCAACAUGUGGAUAUACGGAACACGGCUCAGCUUCCUGUUUACACAGCCACGAAGCACGCCGUCAUCGGCUUAUCCCAAUCUCUUUCGGACCCUAAUCACUACGAGAAGACCGGUGUCACUGUGAUAACUCUAUGUCCCGGACUGACAGAAACCGCUCUGACGGUAGACAGCCCUAAUAAGCUACUCUCCAGAGUCAUGAAGGCGGAUUUCGUCAAGAACCUCGAACAGUUCGCGAUACAAACGCCUUACAUAGUCGCGCAAGGACUAAUGACGAUCUUGAGAAUCGGCGAGACCGGCAGUAUUUGGGUUAUCGAGAGCGGCAAGGCGCCGUACGAAGUUUACGUGCCGAAUCCGUGCACGCUGCGUCGUUACUACAAGAACAACUUGGCGCACGUCGACGCUAAGGUCACGAGAGGUCACACGAUAAGGGAAGUCUGCGAGACCACGAGAGCGAGCCUGAUGAGUUGCGCCUGACCGCACUCCGCUGAUAAUUAGCGAGUGCCAGACCGUGAUAGUUCGGUCCAAUUAGCGCCGAAAAUUUCCUUGCGCAAUUCGCGCCGCGAACGGAGAUAAUCCCGCAGUCGUGCCGCGUGGAAGAAUUUCACGCGCGCGAUCUAACGCAUUGCAUAAUGUCGUCGCCCUGUUGAAAAUGGAUUCCCAGAUGGAUUCCCAUGGAAAUCCGUGGGAACUCCGUGUGAAUUCAUGUAGGAUAAUAAAGGUCCAUGCAAGAAUCCACACGGAUUCCUUCCUAAGCCCUGGGUUUUGGUGCAAAUCUUCAGGAGCAAUCAUAGGACUCCAUAUAGUUCCUGUGUGGAUUUUCCAGCUGGUUCUUUCCAACGGGGUAGCACCUAACAAAACGGUUGUUUCUCUUAAGUACAUAUAAGCGAUAAGACACGUUUCUGAACAUAUCACGAAAAUAUUUAAUUGCCAAGCGAAAGUACACCUGGCAGCAAUAAUCCACAAAACGAUACAUAAUUAAUUGUAAGCGUAAGAGGGAAUCGCAGUCGAAGCGGAGUGUCUCGCGUGCGAGGUGUUAUAAAUUAAAGUUACAUAACAUCUCCUCCCGCGUUAUUUUUCACGUCUCCUCCGAGUCGAUUACUUCGUAUUAACUCUAGGACUGUACUAGGGAUAUUUGCAGCUUUUCUUUUGUAUCUUUUUACAUGCGCGCUUUCACCGGGAAAAAUCUUGAUAUUUCCGUUGUGUAAUUUCUUUAAACGCACGAAUGUUUCAACGUUCGUUCCCCCUCGAUAAAUGUAUAAUAUCAAGUUUUAGGCAAAAGUCAAUCUGUGAUCAAGACUUCACGCACAAUAAACAUAUUGGAAAAAAAAUGAUAAGACUUAUAUUGGAAUGAAACCUGGUAAUUAGACCUUGAAACUACGCUGAGAUCCAAGUGAUUCUCGGACGAAUAUUUUAAUUAGAGUCAACUUGUGUACCCAGACAGCAAAUAUUUAAAAAAACAUAGAUAUUAAAUAUUUAGUAAAUAUUCAACGUCCGAGAAAGUAAGGUAUGAGAAAGAUUAUAAUAAAUAUUGUUUAAUGUUUAAUUCUCACGCCUGACUUUCUCGGACAUUUGAAUAUUUAUAAAAUAUUUAAUAUUUAUAUUCUUUUAAUAUUUUAUAAAUAUUGUGUGCUGCCUGGGUGCCAUAAAAUUUGCUGGAAAAGUGUACGCAACAUAAGGGAAGACUCAAGAGCUUCCGUCGGGUUUAAAUUGUACGAAUUAACACUGACACUUAUCGUUCAAUAAAUCAUUUCAUAUCACUUCAUGUGUUUUGAUCAGACAAAACACACGCACUGGAUAUAGCGCGUAGAGUUUUUUUGCAAAUGACCUAAUCUCGCGCAACGUGUACAAUAUGCAGCACAUUUCUGAAAAUAUUUCGAUAUCAUCGGGUACACGAUAGCCUUGUAACGUGCGUUAAUCGAGAUCUAUUGAAGACGUUACGCAAUUCUAUCGACACUCGGUAAUGUUUCUUUUCCCGGAAAUCGUACGACACGCAUCUCUCGUAUCUCCGAUUGCAUUGUGUUUGUGUAUGUUCGUAUGUGUGUGCGCGUGCGUUUCCAAUUCAAAAAUCGUCACAUCUAACACUCGAAUGUAUGUACAAACAUGAAUUGUUCUUUUAUAUCAGAAUCAUCGUUAUUGUAGGAAAUAUAGGAAGGGCGAGACGUUAAUGAGGAUUAAAUAUGAGAGACAUCGGAGCGAUUUUAAGCUACAAAAUUUAAUCGUGAAUCUGCAGUAACAUUCUCUUGAUAUUUCAACUUCAUCGUCGAGAAACUAGAGAGUUCCUUUGUCACGUUUCGAGCGGCCCGAGCGGAAAGAAACGUGUAGGAGAUUGGAAAUGACACGACGCGUUAUUUCAUCAUUUCAGUAUUAUUCAGCAUCGGGGAUCAUAAUAUCCGCUGUACAAAACAAAAAUUCAUUCUCGGAAAAUUGCGUACAUUAUUUAUUCUUCGCAUGCUUUAUGCAUGAAACUUAAAAGUUAAAUUUCCUCAUCACCAUAUUUCUCUCUUUAUUCGCUUACACUGCUUUAUUCCUAUGAUUCUCCUUACUUUACUCUGUGUUUCCUUUAAUAGCCUAUGGAGGAUUUGCUUAUCAGUUAUGUAAAUCUCGAGUUAUGUGUGUCAUGUAUAAGUGUAUGUGUGUACGUAUGUAUGUAUACAAUAUCUGUAUGAGUUGGACUCCGUACGAGCCAUAGAAAAAUAAUAGUCGCAAAUAAUAUUCUUAUUCUGUUUCUUCCGCGUCUUAAUCUUUAAGGACAUCAUCAUCAUGCUUUAGUCGUAUUCGCAUCGCCAUUUAACACAAUUUAUGCACAGCGUCGUCGUGUAUCAAGGAUUCUUCGAGAGCGUGAAUAAUUAAACGAGAAAUAUUUGUAUCAACGAGAAAGAAAAUGCACGUGUUUUCUUUGUUUUACGUUUCAUAUCUUGUUCAACGAACACUUGAGGGAUUUCUUUUUUUUUCACUUCAGCUUACUUACAAAUAUUUACUUGACUCAUAAACAAACUCAGUUUAUUGUUCACUUACACACAGAACAGUACUUUUGUUUCCAGAUCGAAAUAAUUGAGUAAAUGUUGAUAGGGAAAAUGGAUUAAUUACAAUUAAAUAUAAUUUCAAUAAGAAUAUGCUCGUUGUAAUUGUUAACUUUAUAUAAGCACAACGUUUCCAUUGAAUGUGAAUGUCGCAAUUUCCUUUCGAACAAAGAAUGCAUGUUAUAGCAGCGAGUUACUGGAAUUAGUGGAAAAGAAAAAAAAUGAACCGACAAAACAGUCGUCUAAAUUGCAAUUAUAUAUAUAUAUAUGAUCAUUCUAUGUCUUUCUAAUAAUAUAAAUUUAACAGGCAUUAAUUAAAUAGUAAAUAUAAUACGCUAUUGUUCCAUCCUGUUCUCAUUAGUCGAUGCGCAGCACGUUCGAUACAUUCAAAGGCAGUCGAGGAAUCCUUAAGUGUGCGGAACACGAUGACAAUUAUGUAACAUAAUUUAGAACUUAGCUACUUACAACAAUAAGACCGACGCUCACAUUUUUCAUAAUCCUACAAUACAGAUCUUGCAAAGAAAGUAUAAGCGGACCGUAAGAUUUUAAUUCAAUCAAAUUCAAUAAUACAAAAAUUACUAUA